AUGGACGUUCAAGCUGGCGAAGAGUACCCUGUUCUGCCCGAAGACAUCAUCCAUGCUAUCCUUGAAUACCUGCAACACGAUAAACCUACCCUCGCCACCUGUUCCUUGACCUCUCGCGCCUGGACGUCUCUCUGUAGACGUCACCUCUUUCGCGACAUCACGGUCGAGAUAAGCCCCUACAAGCAUCCAGGCCGAAUCGAGGCGAUCGUGUCCCUCCUGCGCGAUUCAUACGACGCUCGUGCAUAUCUCCAAACACUCACCUUCAAGGCCGACAUAUACAACCCGUUCCCGGCGAACCUGGACGUAGUCACCUUUCGUGAGAUUCUGGAAGCUGCGCGUUCUCUCCGUCGUUUCACUCUUGUCGACAUGCUCCUCAUCGAUGAACACUCUCGGAGGUAUACGACGGCAGCAAACACCCAACCUACCAUCAGCUUGCCCCACCUAGCGAUAUCGAGUAACCGUAACCUCACCGAGGGGGAAUAUGUGACACUACUCGACGUACUCCUCCAAACAUUCGCACACCUAGAAACACUGGAUCUGGAUGUCUUCAUGGGCGCAUCUACUCAUCGCGACGAAAUGGUAUCCCUGCGACUACUUGCCAGAUAUUCGGACAUGGCGGUCUUUCCAACCAUCGACAACUUGGUUUUUCAUCCACCAUCAGACCUCCCGCUCCACCCGCUGUAUGACAUGUUACGCGACUCGCUGGUUUCGAGUCCGUCACCCUCGAGCGUCUCUUUCCACGGCAUCCGCAGUGACCACGAGGAAGUGAGGGCCCGGGUCUCCGAAUUCUGCGACAUUGUGAUCGACGGCGCCCGAGAAGUCUUGCAUGAGCUGGAGUUCCACCCGGGAAUGGCCGUCUUCCGGCGUGCUGUGAGUGCAUCCGAAGUCUGGAACUUGCCCAACCUCUCGCGGCACCACCGGCUAAGGACCUUGACGCUCCCCCUGGAAUGCGAGGAAUUUCCCUACUCGGGCGAGGAGGUGACUUGGAUGCUCGAUUCGCACGCGCACAUCCUUUUGCGACACCCACCCUUGUCUCUGGAGCGGCUCGUCCUCAAAGUCCGCAUUCCGUACAACCGGGACACUGUGCCCUAUUUACAGGGAUAUGUGAAGUAUCUGACUCAUGCACCGUACCGGUCGUCAUGGGCCGCUCUGGACGUCGCGCUCUCCAGCCUCCCGUCCUCCCCUCAGGUCGUCAUCGACUUCGUGGGCCCAUGGCAGGGCGUCGCGAGCGCGGGGGAGCUGGAGCGCUGCAUGCGGGAUCUUCUACCUGAUACACACAAAAAGGGCGUACUCCGCGUUGCUCUCGAAACAUCCUUUCCGCGCUGGAAAUUCUGA